CACCUCUUGCACGCGACAGAGAGCAUUAUUAUUACGGCGUUAAACGACCUCCCGUGACCUCUCACGCUCUGACACGCGCGCAGACCGGGGUUGCUACAACUGGAGUGGCGCGCGCGCAAGUAGUUCUUGUUUAUGUAAUGCCACAAUUAUGCGACUGAAUGCUUGUGGCUAUAUGUGUGUUGCGCGCGCGCGCAUCGGAUCUGGUGCGAGCUGGUCCAGCGCCGCGGCGGCGACCACGCGGCCACACGUUCAACAUCAGCGAGCGCUGCUCUGCAGAUUGAGGGCUCCGGUGUCGCGGGCUUGACCCACCGUUGGGGAGGGCGCUCGAGCUCCACCAUUUUCACGCACGGCACGCACGUAGACCCGGUGAAGUCGUCACGCGAUAGAAUCCGUGUGGAAUCUGUCGCGAGUUCCCUGCGCGGCUGGAGAGCUAUCCCGACAGCGCGCGCGUGGUCCGGUCGGUGGUCGCUGUGGGUCGGCGGUGCUGCGUGGAGGGGAGGCGGAGAGGGACCUGCGCUGGACUCCUGGCCGAAUCGGAGCAUCCCAGUCCGGGCAGUGUCCAUCCCUCCUCGCCUCAGCUCCAGCGGGAGGCCGGGAGCGGCGGCAGGAUGUAGCAGCGGAUUAACGGAGGAGAGAGGGGCGCUCAGAGGAAGAGAGCGGGGCCGAGGCGGGACGCAGGGGACAUGGGGAAGGACCAGGAGCUGCUCCAGGCCGUGAAGACCGAGGACUUGCUGACAGCUCAGCGGCUUCUACAGAGACCACGGCCGGGAAAAGCCAAGCUCCUCGGAGCAGCAAAGCGGGUGAACGUCAACAUCCAGGAUGCAGAUGGGCUGUCGCCGCUGCACCACGCCGCUCUGAGCGGCAACAAGGAGCUGAUCUCUCUGCUCUUGGAGGCGCAGGCAGCAGUGGAUAUCAAAGACAAUAAAGGAAUGCGUCCUCUGCAUUAUGCUGCGUGGCAGGGGAAGACUGAACCAAUGAAAAUGCUGCUGAAGGCAGGCUCGUCAGUCAACGGACAGUCAGACGAAGGACAGAUCCCUCUCCACCUGUCGGCCCAGCACGGACACUAUGAUGGGUCGGAGAUGCUGCUACAACACCAGUCCAAUCCGUGCAUCUCGGACGCGGCGGGGAAGACUCCGCUGGACCUCGCUUGCGAAUUUGGACGCGUCGGAGUGGUGCAGCUCCUGCUCAGCAGUAACAUGUGUGCAGCCAUGCUGGAACCGAAGCCCUCGGACCCCAACGGAGUGUCACCUCUGCACCUCGCCGCUAAGAACGGACACAUCGAUGUCAUACGGUUGCUGAUUCAGGCUGGCAUCGAUAUCAACAGACAGUCCGAGUCUGGCACUGCGCUACAUCAGGCUGCCCUCUGUGGGAAGACAGAAGUAGUACGCCUGCUGCUGGACAGUGGCAUCAGUGCAGGCGUGAGAAACACUCUGAGUCAAACUGCCCUGGACAUCGUUAACCAGUUCACCACCACGCAGGCCAGCCGGGAGAUCAAACAGUUGCUGAGAGAUGCUUCAGCUGCAAUGCAGGUGCGAGCACUAAAGGAUUACUGCAACAACUAUGACCUUACCAGCCUCAACAUCAAAGCGGGCGACAUUAUCACGGUUUUGGAACAGCACUCUGAUGGCCGGUGGAAAGGAUGUAUUCAUGACAACCGCACAGGAAAUGACCGCGUGGGCUACUUUCCCUCCAACAUGGUGGAAGUCAUCAAGAGGGCAGGCCACUCCCCCUCCCAGCAGUGCCACACCCUCCUUCUCCGCAGGCCCAACCCCUGUCCCAUUGCCUCGGUCAACGGACAUUCAUACCCCCCCACCAAAGUCCUCCCCCUGCAUCUGACUCCCCCUCCUCCCCUCCACCCCAACACACAGUCCCUCCCUCGGUUCUCCUCAUUUGGGUACGUUCCUCUUCCCAUCUCUCCUCCGUCUCUGUCUACUCCUCCUCCUCUGUCCACUACUCCUCCUCCUCCUCCUCCUCCUCCUCCUCUCUCCACUUCUCAGGAGCAGCAGAGUCAGACAGGUUCACGAACUGCAGAGCUGAGUCCUCAGGGCUCUCCCACUUUAGGACAGCAGAGCAGCACCAGUGAGGACAUCUGGGUGCUGCGCAAACCGCUGGCAGGUGGCGACCGGAGCGGCAGCGUGGGCAGCCUGGGCAGCGUCCGGUCAUCGAGCAGUUUGCAGAGCUCUGGAAACACGCACGUUCUGACCACACCGGCGCCCAGCCCGCACCCAGCGCCCACACCAGGAGUCAACACGCACGGCCUCAAUGCGCCGGGCCUGCACGCGCAAGCAGAAGGGGUUAAGCUCCUGGCCACCGUGCUGUCUCAGUCUGUGAAAGCCAAGGAGCAUCUCCUGGAGCAGUCGCAGUCUGUCGAGCAGUCAGCAAGUUCUUCCAGUUGCACGGUUCAUGAACAGCGGUCGUUUGAGCGGAAGGCAGAAGAGGAUGAUGGGAAAAAGCAGGCAGUAGUGACGUGGCUGGGUGAGUUUCAGCUGCAGUUCUACACCACCCACUUCCUCACCGCGGGAUAUGAUCUAGACACCAUUAGCUGCAUGACCCCUGAGGACCUGACGGCGAUUGGAGUCAUGAAGCCCGGACAUCGAAAGAAGUUAACGUCAGAGAUCAGCAAGCUGCCCUCCACAGACUGGCUGCCAGACCACAAGCCUGCCAAUCUAGCAGACUGGCUGUCUCACCUGGGCCUUAGUCAGUACUACCAGGUUCUGGUGCAGAACGGGUAUGAAAACAUUGACUUUGUCUCGGACAUCAGCCUGGAAGACCUGCAAGAGAUUGGCAUUACAAAGCUCGGCCAUCAGAAGAAGAUGAUGCUGGGGGUGAAGAGACUGAAGGAGUUACAAAGAAAAGAAAGUGGCUCUGAGCCUCCCCAAAGCCCCUCCACACCCCCGCCCAGCCCAGGAGGCGGCACCGCCUCAGAGCCACGGAGGGAGGCGAGGAAGCAGAGGGACGGUGCCCCCAGCCCGCUGGCCAAACCCCGCCCAGGUCUCACACAUUCCCAGACCCCUCCCCAAACCCCACCACAAACCCCUCCGCACGCACGCACCCAGCAGGCCUCCCCCAGGGCCCGCCCGCGCCCCUCCACCCAGACGGCGGCCGACGCGUCCGUGCCGCUGCUGCGGCUGCCCGGUGGGGAGGAGGAGCGACGCAGGACUCACAGUCUGAUCGGCUCGGAGUCCGACUCUAGAUACGCCACCGUGUGCCGCAGCAGCUCCACACAUACCGCCCCCCCUAACGAUGUCACUGUUAACCGCAGCCAAUCUUCUGUCACCCUCCGUCCCCGCCGAAAAGGUCGACCCCCGACGCCGCCUAAGCGGUCCUGUUCUUCCAUUACCGGAGGCGACGGCGAGGGGGAGAGGCAAGCGGACGGGCUGCUAGGGCUGCCAACCUAUCGGGAGCGGAGGGCCAGCGACUGCGGCAGCCUGGGAGCGGCUCUGAGAGCCCAGGACUCAGCGGGCCUGCAGAGAUCAGAGGGGGCCUCUGGGAGCGUUCGCAGCCUCGCAGCCAUGCUGGAAACAUCCAUCGUGGUCGGAGCCAAACCCAUGCAGAGGAACAUGGGGAGCAGCACCAACUACCUACAGGUCAGCCCGCCGCUUCUCCGUCGGCAGGACGGCGCGGGAGGUAUAGGAUCUGAGGAGGACGACGUUUUGAGUCGGCGCAGGACCAUCAGCGGGCUCGAAGGCCUCCCCGGCGACGCCGCCGACCAGCUGCCCCGGCAACACGUCCAGCAGCGCCCCGAGCCCCGUCCCCGCUCCACCGUGGUCACCUCGGCGUCGGAGAUCACGGACGGCACGGCGACACUCCGGAGGAGGCCGCGUGCCCCGGCAACGGAGCCCGAGCCGCCCGCACCGUCGCCCGCGGCCACCACCGUCGUCACCAUGACGACCGGCACCGACACCAUACGCAGGAGGCAGCGCGCGUCCGACCACGCGGAGCACGUCGUUCAAAGCAAUAACCGGCCGGAUUCGCCCGGCAGCCCGAUGGACGGCGGCCGCAAAGGCGUCGGCGAGCCGCAGCAGAACGGCGGCGUGGUCCUGAGGCGGCGGCCCGUGUCCGAGGUCUCCGAGAGGACGGAGGGCAGCAGGGAGAGCUGCGAGUGGAUGGAGGCCAGGAAGUCUCUGAAGCCGCCGGUCUCACCCAAACCAUCCACAGUCAGCCUGAGGAAGACGCAGGCUGACCCCCCGACCCCGACUCGCAGGGUCCCCAUACCCGGGCCCGAUAACGCCGACACGGCACAGAGUCCCGAGCUGAAGCGUGUGCCUCCUCCCGUAUCCCCAAAACCCCGCGGGCCUCCGACAGCACCCAAACCGGGAAAAGCAACCGUGGCUUCAGCUGCCGUGAGCCCGAGCCCUUCUGCUACCAGCCCGGCUGCAUCCAGCCCGACUCCAGCCCCGAGACCCUCUUCCCCCACCUCCGCCGCCCCUCUACCGGCGCCCGACGCUCCCUCCGCUCCCUCCCUCUCCCCGGGCCUCCCUCUCGCUUCCCCUUCCCCGGCCCAGAGCCCCUCCACCCCUUCGCCGCACCCCGUCAAACCUCCCCGCUCCUCCAUCGCGGGCCUCUCCAUCGACCUGCUGGGGGGGGGGCGGGAGGCGGAGGAGGAGGAGGAGCGGAGGAGAGAGAGGGAGCACAAGGAGCAGGAGGAGGAGAGGAGGAGGGCUGAGGACAGGAACCUGAGGGAGCGGCGGCAGGAGGAGGAGGAGGAGGAGAGGAGGAGGGCUGAGGACAGGAACCUGAGGGAGCGGCGGCAGGAGGAGGAGGAGGAGAAGCCCUCGAGGAGGGAAGGGGAGAAGGAAGCGGAGGGUGGAGCGGGAGAAGAAGCAGAGCAGGGGGGGGAGGCUCAGCAUCGUCUGGAGGAGACCAGCGCCUCAUUGGCCGCGGCGCUGCAGGCUGUAGAGCACAAGAUCCACGAGGAGGACACAGUGAACGACUCCCUCCCCGGCAACAAGGCGACCGUCUCCAUCUUGGACGACAUCGGCAGCAUGUUUGACGACUUGGCGGACCAGCUGGACGCGAUGCUCGACUGAGCCCCUGCCCACGUCUCAUUUCCAGCGAGCCCGUGUUCCCUCUCCCCACCCCACCCCACCCCACCCGCCCCCAUCACGUGUAGGUGUAUCAAGAAAAGCUCGGAGCUGGCGCUCAGAGAGAGAGAGCGCGUGUCCGAGUGUGUCCCUCUCCCGCGUGAGCGCUUCUCAUGUAGCCUUGUACAGUACUGAGGAGGGAGUCCUCUCUGUCCAGUGCAGUAGCUCUAGUAACUUCCUCCCGACGCGAGGAGGCCGCUCCCACACAACCUCCGACCUCUGCAGCCCGGGCCUCAAGACGACUGUGUGGACUGAGAAGCACAAUUAUUUUUCCUCCUCCUUUUAACUCUGAAAAACUCUGGCCAGGACAGACGUAGUAAGUCUCAGUCAGACAGGGAGGCAGACAGACAGAUAAGCAUAUUGCUUUCAAAAUAAUAAGCACACUUGACCGACUGUCUGACAGGCAGUAUAGGCAGCCAGAUACAGACAGGACACAUGCUGAUGAGACACACCGCAGAGAACUUUUAAAGCACACUGAAGGACGGGCCGCUUUCUGGGUCUGUCUCACUCCUGCAGCGUCAAAAGGAUGCUUUUUUUUUUUGUUUCGUUUUUUCUUUUUUUUUCCAGAUGAACCGUAGCCUCUAUUUCUCUUCUGUAUGAGUGAAGGAUUGUGGUUAGCUGGACUCCCUGACCCGUGUGUGUCGUCUCCGUUCACGUCGUCGUUGCCGUUAUUGUUGCCGUUGUUGUUGUUGUUGUUACGGGUGCGUGCGUGUAGUCCCCCGCUGAAGCUCACGUCAGUGUCCUCCCACUCGUACAGUAGUUAUUCUAAUGAUCAGAAAGACGAUGUAGAUGUGUGUCCAUGAUUCUUGAGACACAAAACGCACAGACACACACACACAUACAAACACACACACACACUACAUUGGUUUUAAUCUUGCUGGUGUUCUGCUUUGUUGGUGUUUAACUCCAUUUAUGGAGAUUCUGCUUGGAAGUGAGUCUGCACACAUGCCUGAUGGACAAACCAACACAUUUCCGUGCAUAUAUACAAGCACACUCAUGCGGUAUAUCCCUUUGUCCUGCUGCAGUGAACAGUGUUUUUAAAAAGAUAAUCCUAUAUUUCAAUGCUUUAUAUAGUACAUCCAGUAUACACACAUCACACUCAUCAUGCAUACAUACCUACACACAUACAUAGAGUUUAUAAUAUACCUGGAUAUUUGAGCUGCUAGAGCUCCCUCUAGUGUUGGUUAGUGAAACUGCCCCUAAGCUGCCCUCCCUCCAUGUUCACCUCCCCCCGUCCCAUUUUUAUCUCCCUCUGUGUCUGUUUUGUUUACUCUGCAUCUCUCUGUGCCUUCGUAUCUCGUCUUUUCAUAUAUUCACUUUUUAUUUUCUUGUUCUCCUCCCCCGAAACGUGUUUUUCUGGGUCCUCCCCUCCGUGUCUGUGACGUCAAAAAAAGUAGCCUCUAGGUUGUGAUCCUUAAAAAAAUCAGUCACCCUGCCUGCGACCUCCUGUACCUGUCACCAUUGAGAAGCUUUGUACGAGCCCAUAUAAGCUGUAAUAAGUUGGCAUCGCUCCUCCUACGGUCCCUCAGUUUUCAGUGCCCCCCCCUCCCUCCCUCCCUCCUCUCCCCCUCCUCCCCUGUGUAAACCAGACAGUGGAUCAACCACCAGUGUUCAUCCCAAUGAAGAGUCCACUUGUAUUUUUAUGCUCUUUGAAAAAAAAAACAAAAAAAAACAAAGAUAUAUUUGAGAAACAGAUGGUUCUAUGUGAGUAAUAAAAAAAUAAUACGACGACGAUAACUAUAUAAGACGAUGAACUGAGGUGCGCUGAUCGAGCCUGUGCAUUCAUGGUUGAGUUCUGGACGUGUUGUGACGGCUGUUGUGCCAUGGUUGGGUUUAGGUUGUGUUUUCUGCUGUGACGAUGCAUUCCUGUACAGCUGUGAUCAGAAUAAACGUAUAAAUCAAACCUUA